CUUCGGAGCGACGAGCAAGGGGACGUCUUCGUGACCGAGCAGACCGCGACAGGGGCGGACGAUAUGAUGAACGCUCCAGUGCCUCCCGUCUACGUCGACCGCGCCUCUCAAGUGCUCCGUAUAGAGCACAAUAUGUGCUCGCAACUGGAGCACCUGUCCUUCAUCUCCGAGAAGGUCACCCACGUGUACAACCCUCUGCAGUACGCCGCGGAGCCGCACGCCAACUACGUCCGCCUCUGCCUCGGCCACGGCGGGCCCGUUCCGGUUUUGUUUCUGGGUAUGAACCCCAGCGUUGGAAUGUGUCAGACGGGCGUGCCGUUUGGAGAGAUCGCCGCCGUCCGAGACUGGAUGGGAGUCAGCGGGGAGGUGGUGCCUCCUGAGAACCAGAACCCUCACCGGCCCAUCACCGGCUUCAGCUAUACAGGCAAGCCAGAGGUGAGCGGCAGCCGUUUCUGGCGUUUUUGGCAGAGUCGGGUUGCUACUGCAAACGACGUGUUUGAGCAAGCUUACGUCCACAAUUUCUGUCCUCUGGCCUUCAUGAGCUCGAGUAGGAAUGUCCCCCUGAAUAAACUGAGCCUGCCGCUGCGGCGGGAGCUGGAGGCCAUCUGCUGGCAGGCGUUGGUCGAUAUUAUAAUGGUGCUGGGAGCGCGCACGGUCAUCGGCAUCGGGAGGUACGCCCAGCAACAGGCCAGUAAGCUGAUUGACGCUGGUCUGGUGGAUCAGGUGCACUAUCUCUUGCACCCCAGCGGUCUCAACCGACAGGCGAACAAGGGCUGGGACGGCGAAGCUUUCGAACAGCUGACUCAGGCCGGCGUGCCGCUGCCCUUUCCCCAGUGAACUGGAAGUCUGGCAAUCAACAAAAUGCCUCUGAUAAACGGAAGUGCUGGUUAGUGGUACGCCAAUAGCGCAUGCUUUGCCUCGACCACUCGCAUGUUUUGAGUGUGAUUAACCCGGCGGCUGCUGGGCCUCCGCGCCACCCGCCGGCCGCUGGGGGGGGGGGGGACAUAUAUGUAUGUACAUAGUUGCCCCCAUUUACUUCUGCGACGAUAUCGUCGCAACGCGAAGAGGUAGAGAAACGAAACUUUGCACACAUUUUCCUGAAUACCUAGCCGAGGUUGCAUCCAAAUUUGGUAUCGAUCCCAGUUAGAAUGACGUCACAGUGGCGUCAGAAGUCAAAUUAUAGAUUUGCGUCUCUCAGUUUCCUCACGAUAUAUCCGACAUAUGAGACCGAAUAUAAAGGACCGAUUAAUUAUUGGUCAGGAACUAGUUGGAAGUGUACUUAGAUGCUUUAGGAUGACGGAAGGUGCUGUCCAGUUCAUUUACAGUUGAGUUUCAUGCUUAGCAGCAUCAGAAACGGUCCAUAUCAGAAAACGACAAAACUUUAUAACGUCACUGUGACGUCAUCUUAAGUGAUAUAACCACUAAACUUUCUUCAAACAUUGCCUAGGUAUUCAUUUGAAGCUUUGCCAAGUUUCAUAUGCCCCCCCCCCUCCCCAGCGGCUCGUGGGUUAAUGUUAAUACAUGCUGAUUGUCAUCAAAAUAUAGGUACACACAGCUAAUAGCGAUGAUCAUUUUGACUGUUUGUGUCAUAACUCAUAGAUCAGGGAGGCUUGUGAUGUCGUCUUUCGUUUUGUGGUGUUUUUAACGGUCAGACUUUAUCUUUCUGUUAACAUUCUUCCAGAGUGAUCUUACUGAACCGUUUUCUUUUGCCAGCGCUAAAGUGGGGCAAAUGUUUACUGGCUAUGGAUUUGUUUUCUUUGUAGCCGAAAACAUUGCUUCGAAUUAGAAUAGUUCUUUGCUUGCAUCGCAAAUAUGGCAGUUAUCCUUAAACAAGUUAUGUUAUUUACCAUAAGGUAUGUACCUACUAUGUACUUACUUACGUAUAGCUCAUAGGACCGGCUGCAAAUUAAGCAUAAAGGAAGAAGACAUUUUACUUGAUUAUUCUUUUGCUUCCAUUUCUGUGUAUAUCGUCUGUGGUUAAUGGCAAUAGCGGUGAUGGUGUUUAUUAUUAAUCCCAAACCCAAAAGCUUAUGUUCGAUAAUACACAUUAGGUAAUACAUCUUGGUCGUAUA